AAACCUCUUUCUUUUUUAAUGCUUCUCCCUUCAUUGUUUUCUGCAUAAACAAAUUGUUUUUACUGUUUUUAAGAAAGUAUUUUUUAUUUUUCCCCAGUUAUUAAACAAAUAAAAACCCAGAAUCCACAACACCUCAGAUUCCCUUUCAUUGGAAAAUGUUAGUGAAGCAACAGUUUAAAUCUCGUUACCAUUUUGAGAUCAGAUCAAAGCUUUUACGGUCAAACAAAACUAGUCAACCAUACUUCCCAAACCCUCUUUUUUUUUCUCAAGAAAAGUCUCAGCAAUAUUUUCCCGGGAAAAAAAACCUUCAAAGUUUCCAGAGAAAGAAACAACAACAACAAGAACCAGCUAGCUAGUUCAGCCCAAGUAAAGUGUUUUUAAAAAAAUAUAUAUAAUCGUCAAGUGUGAAGUGAAGAGAGAUCAAAUGGUGGAGAAUUCAUCAUCACCUCCAGUUCCACGUAAAGGAAGAAGGGUAGUAGGGCCCACGAGGAAGAACAAGGAGGCCAUUGAUGAAGCAGGGGAUUUGAUCGAGUGUUCAGGCAAGUAUUGCCGAUCAUGCACCGCCGGUGUCAUAGCCGACUGCGUGGCGCUUUGUUGUUGCCCUUGUGCUUUGCUCAAUCUCUUGACGCUUGCAUUGGUUAAGGUCCCUUGGAAGAUGGGGAGGAGGUGCUUGGGGUUCGGGAAAAAGAAGAGGAACAGGGUGGAAAUGGAGAGAAAACGCAGCCGAGUCAAUGAUGAUCGUAACAAUUCGAGGGGGAAAAUGAGGGUAGAAGAAGAGGAAAUGUGGGGAUUCUCGAGGGUGUUUGGAGAGAAAGAAAAUUUCUAUGAUAAUGACGAGGAAGGAGAAAUGGGAAAUUUCAGUGCGAGAUUUGAAGCUGAGAAAGUUUGGCUAGAGUUAUAUCAGGUUGGGCAUUUGGGAUUUGGUAGGGUUUCUUUCACUGGCAUUUGAUAUUUUUCCUUUUUCUGUUUGGUUCGCGAGAAAAGAAAAAUGUGUAAGUACAUUGUUGUUGUUUUUUAUUGUAAAGUUUUUUUUUAAA